CCCCAAUGACACAUCGAACCCCCACUCGGCUCACGAAAUUUAUCAAUCGACACAAUGUUGAUCAUGACAGGGGUCAGACGAGGGUUGUGGCUAAGCAUAGAGCCUGUGGCGCUCUACUAGCCGUCACCAUAGUGACACCUGGCAAAGUCCAGACAUCCAAAAAUGGCACCUGUCCACUGAAUGCUCUCGUAACCUCAUCCAACAGUCGACCACUGACUACCAGGAGGAGCACGUACUUUUUCGCACCUCCACACAUGCAUCCCACCUCUGACACAUAGCAACUGUACUUGCGUGCCAUCUUGCCCAAGCCUCAUCUCGCCCGUCCCGGCCGACCCGUCACCAUGGCUCACCUCACAGCGCCAUCCCUUCCCUCACCAACAUCCCGCCCGGGCUCCUCCUACAGCGGCAUCAAUAUCGCAUCAACGCCAUCCUCACCACCAGACCACACAGAUCGACGGUCACGGCGAUAUCCCCCCUUCUCAUCCUCCGGCUCCGGCUCCGACUCCGACUCCGACUCCGACUCCGACUCCUCACCCCUCCCCUUCCCAACAGCUCUCCCCCGCCGCGACUUCCUCUCCGCCGACUUCGACGCCGCAGCCUACCUGUCGGCCCUACACUCGGGCGGCCCCGCGGCGCGGCACCAGACGCUCGGGGACCUGCGCACGGAGCUACGCGAGCGCAGCGCCGCCGCCAGCGCCGAGCUGCUGUCGCUCGUCAACGCAAACUACGCCGCCUUCCUGGGCCUCGGCGACGGCCUGCGCGGCGGCGAGGACCGCGUCGAGGGCCUGCGCGUCGCCCUGCUCGGCUUCCGCAGGGCCGUCGCCGAGCUGCUGGCGCGCGUCGCCGAGCGGAGGAAGGGCGUCGCCGCCCUGGCGGGCGAGCUGGCGCGCGUGAGGGCCGCCGUCGAGCUGGGGAGGCGGAUGGUCGAGCUGGAUGAUCGGGUUGCUGUGCUAGAGGAUCGGUUGGCUGUGGGGGGGUAUGGGGCUGCAACGAGGAAGGCGGGGGUGGUUGGCGGUGGCGGGGAGCAUGACGACGGCGUGUGGGGCGAAGUUGAGAGCAGUGAUGAGGAAGAUGACGAGGAAGAUGACGAGGACGAGGACGAGGACGACGGUGAGGGGUUCGGCGGCAGCAGCCCGGCCAAGUUGACUGCCCUGGUGAUGGACUAUCUUGCCGCGGAGGAGCUUGCCGACGCCAUCGGGAGAGAUAUGCCGUUCGUCAAGAAGAUGGAUGAGAGGACGACGAAAUGCCGGAGCACGAUUCUUCUAGACCUGGGCACGGCAUUGAGGGAAGCCCGCAAAGCAGGGGCGAAGGGUCACACCCGCCUCGUGAAGUUGCUUGGGAUAUACAGGGUUCUCGACGCAGAUGUCGAGGCGGUGCGCGUCCUCAAGGGGAAAUAGACACCCGAGUUUCAAACCAGUCUAGCGCGAGACAUUAGAGUCAAGGGCAGACGAAACGACUUUAAGAUACCCAGAAGAUAGACAGAUUCUCAAGAUUUCCUUGCUCUACAAGUGAUACAUGGUAUUUUUACAAAACAGCAGCCUUCCUUGCUCCCUCCCAGGAAUUUACAUAGGACCCUCCAGGUGCGCAGGCUGGAUCUUGUUGUCGGUUGAGUUGAAGGUACCGUUCAGACUGAAGCCGGGGCCGUUGGUCGAGCUGAUAACCACCUCCUCGAUCUUCUUGUCGACCUGUUCCUCCAAGCUAGAGA